AGGGCGGCUGCGUGGCUGUGGCGUGCCUGUGGGACGUAGAGGCCGCGGGGCGCAGAUACUGCCCGAUCGUCCUCAGGGAAUGGAUGGAGGGGAAAGCCGCCCUGGAGGCCGGCAGACUUAGUUUCAGGACCUCAUUUGCUCGCGUUUGAGAGGUGCAAACAUGGCCAAGUCCAAGAACCACACCACACACAACCAGUCCCGCAAAUGGCACAGGAAUGGCAUCAAGAAACCCCGGUCACAGCGAUACGAAUCUCUUAAGGGGGUGGACCCCAAAUUCUUGAGGAACAUGCGCUUUGCCAAGAAGCACAACAAGAAAGGCCUGAAGAAGAUGCAAGCAAACAACGCAAAGGCAAUGAGUGCGCGAGCAGAGGCCAUCAAGGCCCUUGUGAAGCCUGCAGCUGUUAAACCCAAGAUGCCAAAGGCCCCCAGCCGCAAACUCAGCCGCCUGGCUUUCAUCGCUCACCCCAAGCUUGGGAAGCAGAUUCGAAGCUACAUGGCUAAGGGUCGUAGGCUCUGCAAAUCAAAGCCCAAGGUUCAAACCAAGGCAGAGGCCACAGCUCCAGCUAAGGGCAAGGCUCCAGCUCCAGCUCAGGCUCCCAAAGGUGCCCAGGCCCCUGUGAAGGCCCCAUAGGAAAUGGUUCUACUAAUGUGAAGACAGACGGACUGGUGUGACACACCCACCUACACACUAUUUACAGAUGACCAGUGUCCUAUGCUGUUUUUACAAAUAAACCUGAGGCAAGA